CCGCCUCUCUCCCACAGUGUGCGUCUGGGUUGGAGCAGGGCAGCUGGCGCUUUCAGCUCUCUGCUCGGCUCUCACUGCUGGAAAUGGCGAUCCGGGCUGGCCGGCUCUGUUCUCCGCGUCUCCUGCUGGCGCUUUUGGCGCUGAUCGCCUGCGGACCGCAGUCUGCGCUCUGCUGUCCGAGCCGCUGCUUGUGUUUCCGAACCACGGUGAGAUGUAUGCAUCUGAAUCUGGAAACCGUGCCGGCUGUGUCUCCGCAGACAACCAUUCUAGACUUGAGAUUCAACAAUAUAAAGGAUUUGCAGCCAGGCUCCUUCAGGCGCUUAACGAACCUCAACACACUUCUCCUGAACAACAAUCAUAUACAAAGGAUUCCCAGGGGAGCAUUUGAAGACCUAGAAAACCUCAAAUAUCUCUAUUUGUACAAGAAUGAAAUCCAAUCAAUUGACAGACAAGCGUUUAAGGGCCUUGUCUCUCUUGAGCAACUGUACCUGCACUUCAACAACAUUGAGUCUUUGGAACCUGAAUCCUUCACCCAUCUGCCAAAGCUGGAACGACUGUUUUUGCACAACAACAGAAUCACGCAGCUUGUCCCUGGAACCUUCGCGCAUCUUCAGUCCAUGAAACGCUUGCGACUGGACUCCAACGCUUUGACCUGUGACUGUGAGCUGCUGUGGCUGGCCGACCUGCUGAAGCAGUACGCAGAGUCGGGAAACGCGCAGGCCGCCGCCACCUGCGACCAUCCCAGCCGGCUGCAGGGCCGAUCGGUGGCUACACUCACUGCUGAGGAGCUCAACUGCGAGGUACCAAGGAUCACCUCAGAGCCCAGGGAUGUUGAUGUUACAUCAGGAAACACUGUUUAUUUCACCUGUAGAGCUGAGGGCAACCCCAAACCACAGAUAAUCUGGCUCAGGAACAAUAAUGCUUUAAAUAUGCGGGAUGACAGUCGUCUGAACCUGCUGGAAGAUGGCACACUGAUGAUUCAAGACACCAGAGAGACUGACCAGGGCGUUUACCAGUGCAUGGCCAAAAACGUAGCCGGGGAAGUCAAGACUUCAGAGGUUACUCUUCGAUACUUUGGAGCCCCCUCCCGGCCAAGUUUUGUCAUUCAACCCCUGAACACAGAGGUCCUGGUGGGUGAGAGUGUGACCCUGGAGUGCAGUGCCACCGGUCAGCCACAGCCAAGAGUCACCUGGACAAAGGGUGAUCGCACACCGUUGCCUAGCGACUCUCGCAUCAACAUCACCCCGUCUGGGGGGCUUUACAUCCAGAAUGUUCUCCGAGAGGAUGGAGGACUAUAUACAUGCUUCGCCUCCAAUAACGUGGAUACCAUUCAUGCCACAGCACGCAUCAUUGUGCAAGCAACCCCCCAGUUCACUGUGGCUCCACAGAAUCAGUUAGUCAUCGAGGGUCAAACUGUGGAUAUCCCCUGCGAGGCGAGCGGUUACCCAGAACCAGCGAUAGUCUGGACUCGAGGUGGAAAUCCACUGCCUUCGGACCGACGUCACACAAUCCUGCCUUCCGGUACCCUCCGUAUCACUCGGGUGGCAGCCCAUGAUGAUGGCCAGUAUGAGUGUGAGGCAGUGAGCCCAGUGGGGACGGUGCGAGCUACUGUGCAGCUCAGCAUCCAGCAGAGAGCGAGCCCCCAGUUCACUGUAACACCACAGGACCAGUCAGUCUCGGAGGGUCAAACAGUGGAUUUCCCCUGUGAGGCGAGCGGCUACCCAACGCCUCUGAUCAUCUGGACUCGAGGUGGAAGUCCUCUGACUUCGGACCGCCGCCUUGUCACCCUGGCCUCCGGUACGCUCCGCAUCACUCGGGUGGCUGCACACGACGAGGGCCAGUAUGAGUGCGAGGCGGUGAGCUCGGUGGGGACGGCGCGCACCACUGUACAGCUCACCAUCGAGCAGAGAGUAACGCCUGUUUUCACAAAUGCUCCAAGGGACCUGACUGUGGAGGCUGGUCAGGAUGUGCAGAUUCCCUGCAGUGCUCGGGGCCAGCCGCAGCCGGUCCUCACCUGGAUAAAGGACAGUGUGCAGAUAACAGAGAGUGGCAAGUUUCACAUCAGUGCAGAAGGUUACCUGGAGGUGAAGGAUGUCGGCACCGCGGAUGCUGGACAGUAUGAAUGCAUCGCCCGGAACCCUAUUGGAUACCAGACUGCUAGAAUGGUGCUUACAGUCACGGUGCCCGCAAUCAGCCGAGAGGGCGACACCUUUGUGAGCACAUCCAUAGAGCAGGCCAUCCGUAACGUGGACAGCGCUAUUGAGUCAACAAGGAGAAGUCUCUUUGAUGGCCAGCCUCGUACUCCAGGGGAGUUGCUCGCUCUCUUCCGAUAUCCACGGGAUCCCUACACAGUGGGGCAGGCGCGUGCCGGGGAGAUCUUCGAGCAGACUCUCCUGCUCAUCCAAAACCACGUUAACCAGGGCCUCAUGGUGGACACCAACGGCACCGCAUUUCGCUACAACGACCUGGUAUCCCCCCGCUUUCUGGACAUGAUCGCUAACCUCUCCGGCUGCACAGCCCACCGCCGCAGCAACAACUGCUCAGACAUUUGCUUCCACCAAAAGUACCGCAGUCACGAUGGGACCUGCAAUAACCUGCAGCACCCCAUGUGGGGCGCCUCGCUCACUGCGUUCGAACGCCUCCUGAAGCCAGUCUACGACAACGGCUUCAACCUGCCGAGAGGCACCACCGACCGGGUGCACAACGGAUACAGGCUGCCGCUGCCCAGGCUGGUGUCAACGACGAUGAUUGGAACGGAGACCAUCACGCCGGAUGACCGCUACACUCACAUGCUGAUGCAGUGGGGUCAGUUCCUGGACCACGACUUGGACUCGACAGUGGUGGCCCUGAGUCAGUCUCGCUUUUCCGAUGGCCAGCUGUGCGCUCAGGUCUGCACAAAUGACCCACCGUGCUUUCCCAUCCAGUUCCCCGCCAACGACCAGCGGCAGCUGCGGAGUGGAGCACGCUGCAUGUUCUUUGUGCGCUCCAGCCCCGUGUGCGGCAGCGGAAUGACGUCUCUGCUCAUGAACAGCGUCUAUCCGAGAGAGCAGAUCAACCAGAUUACCUCCUACAUCGACGCCUCCAAUGUCUAUGGCAGCUCGCGACACGAAUCGGAGCAGAUCCGAGACACGGCGAGCCACAGGGGGCUUCUUCGUCAAGGCAUCAUACAACGAACGGGUAAGGCACUUCUUCCGUUUGCCACGGGACCCCCUACGGAGUGCAUGAGGGAUGAAAACGAGAGUCCGAUCCCUUGCUUUUUGGCUGGAGAUCACCGCGCAAACGAACAGCUUGGCUUGACCGCCAUGCACACAGUGUGGUUCCGGGAGCACAACCGCAUCGCUACAGAACUGCUGAGACUGAAUCCCCACUGGGACGGGGACACCAUCUACCACGAGACCAGAAAGAUAGUGGGGGCCCAGAUGCAGCACAUCACCUACAAUCACUGGUUACCAAAGAUUCUCGGUGAAGAAGGCAUGAGGAUUUUAGGGACGUACACCGGUUAUGACCCCAACGUCAACGCUGGCAUCUUCAACGGGUUCGCCACAGCAGCUUUCCGCUUUGGACACACGCUCAUCAACCCAAUACUGUACAGGUUAAACGAGCACUUUGAGCCCAUCCCUCAGGGCCACAUCUCCCUGCACCGGGCCUUCUUCUCUCCUUUCCGCAUCGUAAACGAGGGCGGCAUCGACCCGCUCCUACGCGGACUCUUUGGUGUUGCAGGAAAAAUGCGCGUUUCGACCCAGCUACUGAACACGGAGCUGACCGAGAAGUUAUUCUCCAUGGCCCACGCUGUGGCUCUGGAUCUGGCUGCCAUGAAUAUUCAGAGAGGAAGGGAUCACGGCAUACCGCCAUAUAAUGACUACAGGACCUUUUGUAACUUGACCUCAGCGCAGACAUUUGAUGACUUGAGGAAUGAGAUCAAGAACCCUGAUGUCAGAGAGAAACUACGGAGGCUCUACGGCACACCUCUUAACAUCGACCUAUUCCCGGCCCUGAUGGCUGAAGACCUGGUCCCUGGCAGUAGAUUGGGUCCCACCCUCAUGUGUCUGCUCGCAACGCAAUUCAAACGCGUCCGGAAUGGAGACAGGUUCUGGUAUGAAAACCCAGGCGUUUUCACACCUGCGCAGCUGACACAGCUUAAACAGGCAUCUUUAGCUCGGGUUCUGUGCGACAAUGGGGACAACAUCACCCAGGUCCAACGGGAUGUGUUCGCAGUGGCCGACCUGCCCCACGGCUACGGAAGCUGUGCUGACGUUCCUCAGAUCGACCUGCGCAUGUGGCAGGACUGCUGUGAAGACUGCAGAACCAAGGGUCAGUUCAAUGCCCUAUCAUACCACUUCAGGGGACGAAGAUCAGCUGAGCACAGCUACAAAGAGGAGAAACCUGCCAAUAGCAUCCAGGAGACAAGCCCACUGGAAGGUGCCAACAACAGUCUUUCAAAUGUAACUUUGAGCACCAAAACGAGCAGUGAACCUUCGGUCAGUGACUUCCAGGAGUUUGUUUCAGACAUGCAGAAGACCAUCACAAGCUUACGGAAACAGAUUAAAAGACUAGAAGCUCGUCUACACAAGUCCACCUGCACUGACAGUGAGGGGCGCGAGCGAACGGAUGGAGAGCGCUGGAAAAAGGACUCGUGCUCGACGUGCGAAUGCAGAGACACCCAGGUGACCUGCUUCGUCGAGUCGUGUGCCGCCGCCGAGUGCAAACAGCCCAUCAAGCUAAAAGGUGCCUGCUGCCCGGUGUGCCUCGAGCAGGAAGAUGGCAACAAAAGGCAAAAAGCGGAAACCCGCCACAAGUAAAUUUCAGGACCCCCUCCUCCCCACCCCAACAACCUCACACCAUAACAAUCUGGUGCCUGAAAAUCACAAAAAAAAAA